UCAGCAUGAACUACAGGUCUUUCGAAGAAGCAGAUAACGAACCCAUGGAGGAUGAAAAUCAUAACACAAAUAUGAAUCAAGAACAAAGGACUGGGCUUGAUAGGAAUCUGGAAAAUAGCUGCCCAGAGAAUGUACACAGUAAUGAACUCAGCCAUAUAUUUGCAGAAGGUGAAGACAAUCACCGUACGUUGUGUCACUUCGAAUAAGCUUUAUUUUGUCUAGGUAUGACCUCAAGAGACAGAAUAGCACUUGAGUCUUUCCAAGGGAACCUCACAAAGACUAGAAUAAGAUCUUGAUAUAAUUUGAAUAAAUUUGUGUGCCAAAUGGAUGUACUCAAGGAUACUCUGAUCAAUCUCUUCACCACCGAAACUGAGAAGGUCAAAAGAGAGAAAAUCAAGCUCCAAGAUGAAUACAAUAAGUUCAUGUACUAUAAGUCAGAAGAGGAUGGUAAACUCAAGAAGGCUAAAGAAGAAGUCCUCAAGGAAAAUCUUACCCUUGGCACUGGAAAUGUAGAGGAAGAAGAAAUGAAGAUCCCUUCUGAGAUCAUCGAGCUUGACAUAGGAGGGACACAAAAGAUAGCUACAGCAAGAGCAACUCUUACCAAAUUUCCCAGCUCAGCUCUUGGAUGUAUGUUUAGUGGAAAGCAUAAGCUGAAGAAGCAUCAUGGCCGUAUCUUUAUUGACAGAGAUGGUGGCCCAUUUGUGUCUGUUAUCACCUAUCUCAGGACCGGAAAAAUCCCUGUAUUCAAUUCUAAAAUUGAAGAGGCUAAAUUUCUAGAAGAGAUGGAAUUCUGGCAGAUUCCUCUUGAAACCUUACACGGGUCAGAUAUCUAUUGUGAACAAGAGUUUGAUCCUGAAUGGUGAGCCAGAACCCUAUCUCUAGAUGAGAGCAACAAGAGGGUCAUUAAAGAAGGAAAUAACCAUGGAAUUGUCUUCUGCAAAAAUGCCUUAGACCAGGCCAACAAUUAUGUUGAGUUUAAAGUAAAUAUUGAUAUUCCAUCAAGGACGAAGAGUCACCUCUUUGUGGGUUGUGUUAAAAAGGAGAAGUACAAGUCUGAGUAUCUUACCUCUACAUUUUGGAAGGACUCUCCUUACAGCUAUUACUGGGAUAUCUGGAAUACCAAACUGAUCAAGAUGAACGAGAAUGGGAUCCAAACAGCUAAUGGGUUCGGCUGCCCUUGUGAAGAGUACGAAACUAUCAUUGGAAUCCAAUAUGAUGCUAAGAAUAAGAGUAUUUCCUUCUACAAGAAUGGCUACCUUCUUGGAGUAGCCUUUAGAGAUGUCGAGUCUGGAUACACUCCCUCUCUAGAUCUCUGGUUUGAGAGUGGGACUGUUGAGAUCCUUCCUCAUGACAAACCAGUUCCUGUGGAGUACCUAUAAAUUCAAUUAUUUCAAUAAAGUUGAAAAUUA